AGUCGCAAUUUUACAGUCGCUGUGGCCGAACGUGCGCGCGGCCAACGAGCAAAACAAAACUGAACCGAAUCGAACUUCAAAAGAGCCGUUAAAAACGACAACAAAAAUUGUACUAAACGAAAAGGCAUGGCAAGUGCAUUCAUUUCACAUUCAAUUCAUUAAUUGCCCACCAAAAAAAAGAGAGAAAAAAAAAGAAUAAAUAAAUAAACGACUUGGCGUCUUCUUGUGUGGCUAAUUCAGUAGUUCUCGCUCAGUCAACGCUAAUUGGCCAAAUCUUUGCAUUUGGCCUAAACUAACAUCAAUAUUUAAUAUUUAACUGCGUGAGCGAGCAUUUCGAAUUUCGGGUGUUUUUGGGCUCCAUUUCGGCCAAUUGUCAGUUACCAAUUGCCAAUUGCUGAUUGCCGGUAAAAUAGAAAUUGAAAUCGCGAAAUUGUUUUGUGUUUUGUGUGCCAAGAAAUUGGAAAAGUUAGAGGAGUAGAAACAACUGGUUUCUCUAUUGACUUGAAUUGGAAAUACCAAAGCACAACAGUUCAAAUCCAAUUUUCCUGACUUGGCGAAAUCGUCUAUGCUAAAGCAAUGUAAAAAGUUGCCAAGCGGCUGAAACGAGCAAAUAAGGAAAAUAAAUUGCAUGCCCGGCAAGCAACAACAGCAGUAGCUAGAAUAAACAGCAACAACAACUACAACUUCAACAACAACUAGGAGUCAUUAAGCGUGCAACAUGAGCAGCAACCGCAGCCGCAUCAUGUUGAGCUGCCUAGCUAUUAUUACCUUAGGUUUAUUGACGUCCACAUGCCAGGCGCAGCUGCAUAUGAGCGCUUCCAGCGCCGGUGUUAGUUUCGACGGCGGGCCAGCACCACAGAGCGCUGACGUGGCCGUGCAGGCCGCCCGGCCACACAAUCGUCGCAUGUACGCCAUGUGCCCGCCGCAGUUCCAACGCGUCGGCACCGACUGCUACUCCCUGGUCGGUCAGCGCAGCAGCUGGCUCGAGGCCUACUUCUUUUGCAAGGAUAAGAACGCCAAUCUGGCCGAGCCCGGCAAGAAUGCGGACCGCAAGCUGAGAAUCUAUCUGGAGCGUGUGGAUUCGCAGUCUGGCGAACACGAUCCCAUCUGGAUUGGCGGCACCUACGACCAUCGCAACAAGCACUGGCAGUGGAGCACGAGCGGACGCAAUCUGACCUACGAUGCGUUCAGCCAAAUGGACUCGACCUAUAUGCAACUUAUCUCCAACAGCAAGCCAUUGGACAAUAACUGCGCCGUCUACGAUCCGAGUUUGAAGUAUCGCUGGUCGGCUCGCUCCUGUCCGGACAAAUUGCGUUUCAUCUGCCAGCACAAGAUGCCAAAGGUGAGGGAGGACAAUCGGUACAAGAUCUACAAUCGCUGGAAUGAAACCUAUCCCAAUCAAUUGGCCAAUGAGGUUGUGUUGGAGGUCAUCAGUCGACGUGGCAAGGAUAACAGAUAUCAUCGCCGCGUUAAGGCCGAGGGCAGCAACGAGGAAAUGAUUAUUCCCACUCGCAGAAACCGUCCGGCCAAUCGCCGCUAUCCGGGACGCAAUCGUCAGCAGGAGAAGCAGCAGCAGCAUCCCAACGACAUCAACUAUCAGCAACGGCCACGCAAGCAGCGUCCACGUGUGAGGACGACUGUGGCGCCUCCUCCGCUGGUCAUUAGCAACGAGGUGACGUCAACGCUUGCCACUCGUCCGAGCGCGCCUACCACGCAGCAACAGAUGACGGCCUACGAUCGCACCCUGCAGCGACAGCGCGAGAAGGAGCGCAACCGGCAGGAGCGCAAGCGCGAGCGCAGACAGCGCAUGCGCCAGGAGAGACUCGAGCGCCAGCGCAAGAUGCGAGAGGAGAAGCAACAGCGCAAGCAGGAGGAAAAGCAGCAGCGCCAACAGCAGCAGCAGCAGGAGCGUGAGCAAUUGCAGCAACAGCAGCCGCCAAGCGAGCCGGAGGCACUGCGUCAGCGCGCCAUUGAGGAGCAGCAGAAAAAAGAGCGCGAACAGCGAGAGCAGCUGGACAAGCAGGAGAAGCAGCAGCGCAAAGAGCAGCAGGAACGUGAACUUGAACGGCUAAAGCAGCAGCAUGAGAAUGAAGAACGCCAGCGUGCCAAGGAUGACGAGGCGCUGCGCUUGCGUGAGCAGCGACUGCAGAAGCAACGAGAGCUGGAGGCCGAGCAGAGACGAGCUCGUGAAGAGCUGCUGCGCAAGCAGAAGGCUGAGCAGGAGGAGGCCGAUCGCCGUUACGCGGCGGAGCGUGCCGCCGAGGAGAAGCGUCUGCGCGAAGAGCAUGAGAAGCGACUGCAGGAGGCCAAGUCGGAGCAGGAGCGCCAAUUGCAGGAGGCGCGCGAGGCGAAGCGUCGCGAGGAAAAGGCCAUUGAAGAGCGAUUGAAAGAGCAGGAACGCCUGCGUCAAGAGAAAAUACGUCGCGAGCAGCAGGAGGAAGAGAAGCGUCUGGAACUAGAGCGCCUAGAGGAGGCGCGUCGCUUCGAGCUGCGCGAACUGGAACGCAUGCGCGAAGAAAACGAGCGACGUGAGGCGCUUCAACGCCAACGCGAAGCAGAAAUCGCACAGCGCGAGGCCGAGGAGCGCAAGCUGGCCGAAGAAGAGGAGCGACUGCGCCAGGAACUGCAGGAGGAGGAAAAGGCACGCAAACGCCAGCUGGAACAGGAAAUCGAGCGCGCCGAGCAGGAGCGCAAGCAGAAGGAGGAAGCCGAAAAGGCAGCAGCCGCGGCCAAGGCAGAGCAGCAGAAGCAAAAGCUCGAGGCAGCCAAACGGAUUGCCGAUGCCGAAGUCGCUGCCCAGCUGGAGGAGAAGCGUCGCCAAUACGCCGCUCGCAUUGGCGCUCUGAGCAAAGAGGAUCAGCUGAAGUUCAUUGAGAUGCGGAAGAAGCGCAAGCAGCUGCGCGAGAACCAGGCGAAGGCCAGAGAGCAGAAGAAGCUCAAGCGGAUACAGGAGGCCAUCAGGCUAAACGAGAUGCAGUAAGGCGCACACAAACACACAAACACACACACACACAGACACACUAACCUAUACUAAUGCAACAGAAAAGUAAACAUAUCGUAAACAAACUUUCUUGGACGUAAACGUGUUUUGCCUUUUGUUCAUAGUUUUUGUUUUCUUUUAUGCAAACACGUAAAAGUAUUAUUUACAAAAAA